CCGUCCACUCACCACUGACUUCUCCCAAGACUCACGUCAGAGCCAGCCACACGGACACCCCGUUACAUAUCUCCUUCUCAAGAAGAAGCUCGUACCAACAACUCAGAAUGUCCGUACAGACCCGACUCGUAGUGGCCGUUAUGGUGGUCCUCGUCGUCCUGGCCGUUUUCACCGACCACGCCAGCGCCGGAUACAGGAAGCCUCCCUUCAACGGCUCCAUCUUCGGGAAGCGAUCUGGCGGUGACCCUGCAUACGAAUCCGGCAAGACUCUCGCCUCUAUCUGCCAGGUGGCCGUCGAAGCUUGCUCCGCUUGGUUCCCCGGACCCGAGAAGAAGUGAACUCCAUAAUGGAGGAGCUGGGUCAUCCCUUACAGGGGUCACUCGAGAAUUAAGAGAACUACGUUUCCUUCCUCCAUCUCUCUGACACCAUAGGUAGAUUAGAUGGCUACUCCCACCUGGCCAAAAAAUGUCAAACUUCCCAACCACCCUGUAGUACUUGGCUGCUGCUGCUGCUAUUACAACCUUUGGCCCGUGGAUUCUCUGUCCAGAUUCCGGUGAAACAAAAGCGACUGGAUCCUCUUUUGCAUAGAUUCUGAAUAGGCGGAAGCCUCUUAAAGUGAUUUAAUCCUGAUCUGGUGUUUCUUCUCGCACGUUCAUUGGUUUCCUAAAUCGGGGUUACGGUAUAUUUUACUUAUGUCACCUCCAGAGCAACUGUUUCUCCCUGUAGACGUGUAUAUCCCCAGUCAGAUGCAAAUAUAUUAUUUUUAAACUGCUUGUCAUGCCAUGGGUAGUGAUUCAUGAUUCUUCUUCUUCUUCUUCUUCUUCUUCUUCUUCUUCUUCUUCUUCUUCUGUUUACGUGAAGACGCAAGGGAAGUGAAGCGAACCUUUUCAUUCCUAAAUAAUCUCCUAUACUGCCUAUCUUGUCAGAGACACAGAGAAUUGUAUCUGUCGUGAGAUGUGUUCCAUUUAAGAUUAUUAUUAUUAUCAUUAUUAUUAUUAUUAGAGUUACGCCUGAGAAUGGUUCUUUGAAAUUAAAAAAGAAAAACUCUAAAAAAAGAAGAUAUAUUUAAAUCAACACUUAUAUUCAACAUAUAAAGAUCCUACGCUUAGCUAACAUGAUAUAAAGAUUUAGGAGUUUUUGCAUGAUAUUUCAGUUAUACGUAUAUUAGAGUACCUUACUUGUUUUUAUUAAGUUUUGGAUCCAAGGAAAUCUGUUGUUAUUAUUUAACAUUAUAUUCAAGAGCAUGUCUCCAAAUGAGUGUUUGUUUCUGUGCGCGAGUGUGUGUUUGCGCGCCCGUGUAUGUGUGUGUGCGUGCGUGCGUGCGUGUAUGUGUGUGUGUGACUGACGUAGCAUAAACCCUGUAAGAAAGUCACGAAGAGAUGUCUGGAGAAAGGAAUAAAAGAUAUAAAAGUGCCCUUGGUCCUAAAGCACUACAGACCACCAUCAAACGAAAGUAGGAUAUCACACAACCCUACAGCAGGCUGGAUCUACAGAAUAAUGAAGUGAAUCUUUAUCGAAAGUUAUAGAGCAGCAUUCUGCUCAUGUAACGUCGACUAAGGCCGAAGGCUAUAUUGAAGGAUAUCCGGAAUUCCACAGACAUCGUAAAAACAGGAAAUGGAAAGGUUCCUUGACAACAAUAGAAAAGUCAUAAGUUUUCAGAAGGAAAGGAAGUUCUUUUGCUUGAGUUAGAUAAACUGGAUGAAAGAUGUUGUAAUCUGGAGGUUAUGAAUGAUCGUAUGUGUAUAAAUAAAAUGAUGUAAGGAAGGUUCUAUGUCUCCCUUUGAAUGGACUGUGCUGUUGAGUUAUAUGGUUCAUCUGUAUCGUUAAUAAUUCAAUUUAUUGAUGAGGUUAGAGAUCUAGAGAAAAAGGCCCUACUAAAAUACAUUAUCAUUUUCAGAUUGAAACCCAAGCAAUACAAAUUCAUUCGUUUUGAGGUUGGAUUAGCCAUUUGUUUCUGAAUGAUGAAUUACACGUACGCCCUUCCUUUUUCUUAUUGUGAAACAUUGGCAGUUCACUGUACAACUAAAGUUAGGAUCUUUCUAUGUCACCACAGCAGUUACAAAUAAAUGUUAUAAAGAGCU